AUGUCAAAGCUCUUCGUCCACGGCCUUUCGUGGCACACUAAUGAUGAUACUCUCCGUGAGGGAUUCCAACAAUUUGGUGAGAUCCAGGAAGCUACCGUCGUCAAGGACCGUGCAACUUUACGCAGUCGUGGAUUUGGUUUCGUUCGCUUUGCCACCGACGCUGAGGCCGAAGCGGCGAUGAAUGCAAUGAAUAAUGUGGAAUUCGAUGGCCGGGUCAUUCGUGUCGACAAGGCAUUUGACCGUCCUGAUCGCCCGCCUCGUACCGACGGCAACUUUCAGGGUCGCGGUGGAUACAAUCAGCAGCCCAAUAGCGGAUAUCAGCAACAGGGUGGUUAUGGUGGUGGUGGUGGCUACAACAGCCGCGGAGGUUAUGGCGGCGGUGGCGGCGGCUAUAACAACAACAACUCAUACAGUAACGGCGGUGGUGGCUAUGGUGGUGGUUACGGUGGCGGCUAUGGCUGGCGCGGCAACCAGCCUCCUGGCCCGGAGGGCAACUAG